UAGCCGCCAUCUUUAGUGGUUUGUUUCAGAAGCGUCAGUACUUGAGAAGCAGGUCUCUGUUGUCGGAUCGCGGGCGCAGGUGUGGCUCCAUUAAUAUUGUUAUCAACAUUAAAUUCCUAGGUAUAUGUUACAAAACUUGCUCUAUAACACGCCGCAUCAUGAGUUAUCAGAUGCAGGCACAAGGGAGGCCAAUGUCACACGGUCAAUAUGUAAGCAAUAGCCCUGCUGAUCUUCCCAUGCCCAGCGUGAAAGAACAGACACUUAUGUGGCAGGGAGUUGGACAACCUGGAUAUGUUGGAGAUUCUGGAAUCCACAGUGGAGCAACUACUCAGGCUCCAUCCUUGUCUGGUAGAGGUGGAGAUGAUGAAAUGGACACUUCCGAUGGAGGGGUUAUGUUGAAUAUGGGGGGAUCUGGCUACUCAGCAGGAUACACACAAGAUCAAGUUGAAGAUAUGAAUGCUCAGUUGAACCAAACUCGCUCCCAGCGUAUUCGUGCAGCCAUGUUUCCUGAAACAUUGGAUGAAGGAAUGGAAAUUCCCUCAACCCAGUUUGACAACACUCAGCCAACUGCUGUUCAGCGUUUGGCCGAACCCUCUCAAAUGCUGAAACAUGCCGUGGUGAACUUGAUCAAUUAUCAGGAUGAUGCCGACCUUGCAACAAGAGCUAUCCCAGAGUUGAUUAAGCUACUGAAUGAUGAAGAUCAGGUCGUGGUAUCGCAUGCUGCAAUGAUGGUUCAUCAACUCUCCAAGAAGGAAGCGUCCCGCCAUGCUAUCAUGAAUAGCCCACAGAUGAUCGCGGCGCUUGUGCGAGCAUUGUCGAACAGUAACGAUCUAGAAACAACCAAGGGCGCUGUUGGAACACUGCACAACUUAUCCCAUCAUCGCCAAGGAUUGUUGGCUAUUUUUAAGUCGGGUGGAAUUCCAGCAUUGGUGAAGCUGUUGAGUUCGCCUGUGGAAUCUGUUCUGUUUUACGCCAUCACGACGCUGCACAACUUGCUGCUUCAUCAAGAAGGCUCAAAGAUGGCCGUCCGUCUGGCGGGUGGUUUGCAGAAGAUGGUCGCUCUCCUCCAGCGCAACAAUGUCAAAUUCUUGGCCAUCGUGACUGACUGUCUUCAAAUUUUGGCGUACGGAAAUCAAGAGUCCAAAUUGAUCAUCUUGGCGUCUCAGGGACCGAUGGAACUUGUCCGAAUUCUUCGCUCAUACACUUACGAAAAACUUCUCUGGACCACAUCGCGAGUUUUGAAAGUACUGUCCGUUUGCUCGAGCAACAAACCAGCGAUUGUUGAAGCUGGAGGCAUGCAAGCCUUGGCUAUGCACUUGGGUCACCAGAGUCAUCGCUUGGUCCAAAACUGCUUGUGGACUUGUCGCAAUCUUUCCGACGCUGCUACUAAACAGCAAGAAGGUUUGGAAACACUUCUACAAGGACUUGUCCAGUUGCUAGCUUCCAGCGAUGUUAACGUCAUAACCUGUGCAGCCGGCAUUCUCUCCAACUUGACCUGUAACAAUCAGCGCAACAAAACAGUUGUGUGCCAAGUCGGCGGUAUUGAAGCGCUGGUUCGCACCAUUAUCCAUGCUGGCGAUCGUGAAGAAAUUACCGAACCUGCCAUAUGUGCUCUGCGCCACAUGACUUCACGCCAUGCUGAAGCUGAAAUGGCUCAGAAUGCUGUUCGUCUCAGUGGCGGUCUGCCCGUUAUUGUACGUUUGCUGCAACCUCCUUCCCGUUGGCCGCUGAUUAAAGCGCUUAUCGGGUUGGUUCGCAAUUUGGCUCUCUGUCCUGCCAAUCACGCCCCCUUGCGAGAACAAGGAGUGAUUACGCGUUUGGUGCAACUGUUGAUCCGUGCUUUCCAGGACAUUCAAAGACGCUCGUCAGUUGUCAGUUCAGGCAGUGGUCAACCCCAAGGCUCCUAUGCCGAUGGCGUGCGCAUGGAAGAAAUCGUCGAAGGCGCUGUUGGCGCCCUUCACAUUCUUGCUCGAGAAUCCCACAACCGAGCCGUUAUCCGGGGCUUAAGCGUUAUACCCAUUUUCGUCCAGUUGUUGUACAACGAGAUUGAAAAUAUCCAGCGUGUGGCCGCUGGCGUGCUUUGUGAACUUGCUUCUGAUAAGGAAGGUGCAGACAUGAUCGAACAAGAAGGCGCAACGGCUCCCUUAACUGAAUUACUUCAUUCUCGCAAUGAGGGUGUGGCUACAUACGCAGCUGCUGUUCUCUUCCGCAUGUCCGAAGACAAGCCACAAGACUACAAGAAGAGGCUAUCUAUGGAGCUGACCAACUCCUUGUUCCGUGAAGACCAUCACUUGUGGAACGGAGAUCUGCCUUUGAUGCCUCCCGAUCUUCAGGAUAUUCUUGCACCUGACCAGCCAUACGAAGGUCCGUAUGGGCAAGGCCCACCCAGUGUCCACUCCAACCAAGAUGGAGGCAGGUCCUACCGUCAAGGAUAUGACGCCCUACCCGUAGAAUCGAUGCAGGGAUUGGAGCUCGGUUCACACCAUGGCGGCCCACCACCUUCUGCCACUUCUCCGACCAUGGGCAUGGGCAUGAAUAUGGGGCAUUCGAUGGGUCUUCCCAUCCAGUCCAACAAUUACGCUCCGGUAGAUCACAUGGGUUCCGAUUUGGAUUUCGAUCCUCUGAAUCAUAUGGGUCAGGCCACCCUCCCCAACCGCCCCAUGAUGCCCAGGCCGCUUGGUAUGACACCGACCUUUGAAGUGGUUGCAAAGCGAAAGUUGAAAAAGUUUAAUCACUACAAAACUCCUUGCAUAUCCACCACGACGCUCCUCUUUCCUUUUCUUGCACUGGUAGUUUCGCAGGUCGUCCUUGUCCGUUUUCAAUGAUUAACCUGCAUGUUCCAUCCGUAACAUGUGUACUUGUCCUCAUUCCUCCUCCUGCCGACUUAUCUUCAAGCUCUUUACCGUGUGGUGUUCUUCCUUCGUCCCCUCGGAUAAUCGCAUUUUCCCUUCCACAUGUUUUCACCCCACAUUAUCGUAACUUUUCGUGUGUGUGUGUGACAAGGAAUCCGUCUUCCUCUCCCUAUCCAGAACUUAGACGAUUUUUAGCUGACUAUCCUUUCUUUUCGUAUUAUUUUGUCUGAAUUUUUUUAUUUCUCGUUUCGAUCAACACUUUUUUUACCCAAUUAGAUGGAUACUUUGGAUGUCCUCCCACAAUUAGCGAGCAGCUUUGAGCCUCCCUUAUUAUUGAUUCGAUUUGUUUUUUUUCCUCGUUUUUUCGACAUUAAACUCUUGAAAGAAAAACUUGUUACUGUGUUGCCAUCGACACUAACUAUCUCAUUCAUUUUUGUCUGCGACACCCACUUGAACGCCAGGGAUGGUGGUAGAAUUUAUUUUCGUCUCUGUAGCUUAAGGAAAGAGACGAGUAGUGACGGUGUUGACACGGAGCAGACGGGUCGGACGACGAUACAGCAUACCAGAGUCGCAGUUAUGCUUUUUAAUAUGGCUGAAUGCGGCAGCCGCCGGUCGUAAAUCUCGGAUGACGCAAAUCGUCUGAUAAAGAGCCAUUCGUCUUUCAACCCCGUCUUCGCUCGUUCUGUUACCUAUUUCUACUAGCCUUGUCGUAUUGCUGCAAAAGGUUUGUACGGGUGUCGAGUGUGUUUGAGCUUUGCAGGAGAGGUUGUAAAACGAAUGCAAAUAGCUUUGAUGGAAGGGAAAGAAGAAGAAAUCCGCUGGAAUGAUAGUUGGCAAAGGGUUAAACUUUUGCUGUAAACGACACAGUUCGUCCCCAUCGUGUCGUUUCGUCGUUCGGCACUUCUAACUCUUUUUGGUAAGGAAAGGGGAAAGAGAGUUGACGGAAUGGAGCGAGAUGAGAAACGGAAAGAAAAAUGGCCAACCAUGACGGGAUCGACGAGCAAGAUUCUAGAAGUGAUGAAUGCCCAUCUUUUUGUGCUGUCUCGAACAGAGAGCGUCUCGCCUUCUUCCACCGGUCCCUCGAGCGAUCGAGUGGUGUCGCCUUAUUUAUUACGGACUUGGCCGGCGACAGUUGACGCUGAUGAUGGCUUUAUGCUGAGAGCCUCGAGACCCCCUCCUCUCUUGGUACUCGAUAGAGGCCAGUAGAAAAAAAAAGAAA